AUGAUGUACCCAAUAAAGAAGCUCUUUGUGGAAGAUUUCAGCCUUGGAGUUUUGAUUUGCUUGGGCUUAUUAGCUGGAACCUGGACACAACUCCAUCAGUAUCUCUCUGAAAAACCCCAUCACUCCAAACUCCCAGCUCCCUGCCAGGCUCCACCCCAGGAAUUCAUAGAUGAAGGAGAUAAUAAGUGCCGAAUGUUUGAUGAUGCACCACUCUCCACUUUGGUCAUUCAUAUCCCAAGGCCAAAGGCCAUUAAUAGGCACAGCAACUGUGAGGGAAUUUAUUUUCUCACAACAUGCAAUGAAAGAAGGGGAGAGGCAGGUUCUUUGAGCUGCCCUGCAAGUGAUGCUUUCGCUGUUCCACAUGAGUGGUACCAACCUGGUGACUUCAUCAUUGGUGGGAUAGUGUCUCUCACCUAUUACAACCUUCAUGAAAUUGAUUUUAAGGAACCUCCUUAUAAAACAUCUGAUGACACACCAAGAUCCUUUCAGAGAGUUAGAAUUGGAAAGCUGGAACUAGAAGCUCCGAAAGGGAAGGAAUUAUUCAUUGAUGAAGAUGUGAUUUUCUGGAACCCAACUUUCAACCAGGUUCCUCCACUUUCUCGAUGCAAUGACCCUUGUUUCCUCGGAACUUGGAAGAAAGGGAUUGAGGGAGAUCAGUUCUGCUGCUAUGACUGUGUUCCAUGUCCAGAAGGGAAGAUUUCAAGUCAAAAUGAUAUGGAAGAUUGCUUUGAAUGUCCAGAAGAUCAUUAUCCAAAUAAAGAAAAGAAAGGAUGUAUCCAGAAAGUGCUGGUUUUUCUAACUUUUGAAGAAAAUUUAGGAAUUGGUUUAGCCUCUGCAGCUCUUUGUUUCUUCUUCUUGACAUUUUGGGUACUUGGAACAUUUAUUAAGCACAAGGAUACUCCCAUUGUCAAAGCCAACAACCGGUCACUCACCUACACCCUCCUUGUCUCUCUUCUGCUCUGUUUUCUCUCCUCCUUGCUCUUCCUCAGCCAACCUGGCAAAGUGACCUGCCUUUUCCGACAACCAACUUUUGGCAUCACUUUCUCAGUGGCCAUUUCUAGUGUACUGGCCAAAACCAUCACUGUGGUUGUGGCUUUCAUGGCCACGAAACCAGGAUCUCAGAUGAGGAAAUGGGUGGGGAAAAGAUUGGCCUUUUCUAUUGUACUUUCAUGCUCUAUCAUCCAAAUAUGUAUUUGUAUUGUUUGGUUGUUGACAUCUCCCCCAUUCCCUGAGUUGGACAUGCACUCAGAGUCCCAAGAAAUGAUUUUACAGUGCAAUGAGGGUUCAGCUUUCUUCUUCUACUGUGUCUUGGGCUACAUGGGUAUCUUGGCCAUUGCCAGCUUUAUUGUGGCUUUUCUUGCUCGUAAAUUACCUGACAGCUUUAAUGAAGCCAAGUUCAUCACCUUCAGCAUGUUGGCCUUUUGCAGUGUGUGGAUCUCCUUCUUUCCAGCCUAUUUGAGCACAAAAGGCAAAGCCAUGGUAGCUGUAGAGGUCUUCUCCAUCUUGUCCUCUAGCGUUGCAUUACUGGGAUGCAUAUUUCUGCCAAAGUGCUACGUCAUUAUUUUCAGACCUGACCUCAACCACAGAGAGCAACUCAUAAAGAGGAAUUAGUUCCCCAAGUGUAUAUGUAUACAUCCAAAUUACACUGUAUUUUUCUCUGUGUCAUUUAAUAUAUAUGUGGUUAUGAGGGUAUAUGCAUCAUUUUGUAUUUCUUUAUUUUGUCAUGUUUAUGUAGUGUAUAUUGGAGGGGGUGGCCCUCUGAGAGCUGUAUGCAAUGAAAUUUCCUUUUAAUGUAUGCCGAUUAUUGUACAUUUAAAGUGACAAUAAAGUUAUUCUAAGUCUAAGGUGCCACAUUUUUAA